AUGGCACGAAUUGACCAAGGUCAUCUUCGAGUUUUAACCCAAGACCGCAUUUAUGAAUUUGGUCCUAAAGACGCUAAAUUAAAAAGUGAAAUAAAAGUUGUUAAUGAUUCUUUUUGGAUUCGUUUAUUAUUAUUGGGAGUUCUUGGGUUUGGUGAAGCUUAUAUGUUAGGCGAUGUAGCUUGUGAUGAUUUGAUGACUUUAAUUAAAGUUUUUGUUGCAAAUAGGUCAAAUAUUGAUGAUUUAAGUACAUUAUCAUCUUAUAUUUUCAGUGCAAUCAAUUAUGUCACAAAUUCACGAUUUGCAAACACAAUCAGCAAUGCAAUAAAUAAUAUAUCAGCUCAUUAUGAUAUUUCUAAUGAAAUGUUUGCGGCUUUUCUGAGUAGUGAUAUGACAUAUUCAAGUGCCGUAUUUCUAAAUGAAAAUGAUACAUUAGAAGAAGCCCAAUGUAGAAAAUUGAGAAUGAUGAUUGAAAAAGCAAAGAUCACCAAAGAUGAUCAUGUCUUAGAAAUUGGUAGUGGUUGGGGCUCUUUUGCCAUCCAGGCUGUUAAAACAACUAGAUGUCAUGUUACGACAUUAACAUUAUCAGUUGAACAGAAAAUUUUGGCUGAAGAAAGGAUAGCAAUGGAAGGAUUAUCAGAUUAUAUAACAGUAUUAUUAUGUGAUUAUCGUUCACUACCAGCAAAUCAUCAAUUUGAUAAAAUUAUUAGUAUCGAAAUGAUUGAAGCUGUUGGUCCACAAUAUUUAUCAACUUAUUUUGAAUGUUGUGAUAAAUUUCUAAAAGAAAAAAAUGGAAUAGGAGUAUUUCAAGUUAUCACAAUGCCAGAAACGAGAUAUGAUAGAUAUUGUAAAGAAGUUGAUUUUAUAAGAAAAUAUAUUUUUCCAGGGGGACAUUGUCCAACAGUUACAUCUUUAACAUCUGCGAUUCAAAAAGGUUCUAAAGGACGACUAAUUGUUGAUCAUCUUGAAAAUAUUGGUCCACAUUAUGUACGUACAUUGAGAUUAUGGAGAGAAAGGUUUCUUCAAGCUUUUGAUGAACAUAUACAUCCAGCUUUACUUAAAAGUUGGCCAAACAUGACACCAAAAGAAGUUGAAAUAUUUAAAAGAAAAUGGGAGUUUUAUUUUGCUUAUUGUGAAGGUGGUUUUGCAAGUAGAAUUUUGGGUAAUGUACAAGUUGUUGUAACUAGGGAAGGUAAUGAAGAUUUCUUGAAAGAUAUACCGUUAUAA